GCGAUUUUACAAUAUGUGGCCGGCGUCAUGAGGAGAUGAUUUAGGAAAAAAAAUAUAUUUUGACAAAAAAUGACGAUUAUUUUAACAGUGUGACGUUAUGGAGUGCUAACGGCUAACGUUAAGCUACAGGUUAGUUAACGUUAACUAGUUAGACUCUGGGAAGUACGUACAGUAACGUUAGUACGCUGCAGUGGGCGUGCUCUCAUCUUUGUUUUUACAGUCAAGUUACUGUAAAUAAGUGUGAAAUAAGUAAGUUAGAAAACGGCUCAUCGAAGCUUUUAUUACUCACACAGUUAGUGAAAUUUACCCGGUAUUGUUUUAAACUUAACGGUCGAACGCGUCUUUUCCGCAACUUGGUGCGCGAGCUUCACUUCCGCCGGUUGGACAAGACAACACAUCAGCAAAAAUACGGCGCCGCCAGGUCUAGAUGUUUGUCUUCUGAAUGAAAAGGGAUGAUCUUCAGAGCUUGAACAUGCUGCUCCUGUGUGUUCUCUGACCUUUUCACCUCUGCAGCCUCGACGGCGUCUUCUGGGAGGACGGCGUCGGACCUGUGGGUCCAUCAGAAAAAGGAAGCAUGGACGUGGACCUGCAGGGGAUUAUCCAGUGCAUCAAGCAGGGGGAUGAGAACGGUGUUCAGACACAGCUGCAGGAUUUCAACAAAGAGUAUGCCCAGUGCUUCUUCUUUGAUGCAGAAGAGAGAGACCGAAGGAAACAAAGAAAACUAGAAGAGUUCAGGAAGAAUAAAGUGAGGGAUUACAUUGAUUCUGACUCUGAUGGCGACGAGUAUGAGCACCAGGAUCGGGGCCUCAUCCUCAGACAGAAUUUAGCUGUUGUCCUGGUGAGGUUCAUAAGAGCAGGAGUUAAAUCUCGUCUGCUGAGAGUAUCUCUGCGAACCCUGAGGAUCCUCUCCAGAGACAAGAAGGUCCUGGGCCCGUUGGUGACCGACAACGCCCUCCUGACGCUGGCCAAAAUAGCCGGGCUGACCACAACCGAUGCCACUGACGAAUCCACCGACCCCGACUCUGAUUUCUACGACAACAUCAUCGCUUCUCUGGCCGAGGCCAAAGUGUUUCACUCUCACACUGACGAGGACGAAGGUGACGCAGGAGCCAACGACCAGAGCGACGAGUGCUUCGACGAGGACGCCAAGAGCGACAUCAGCAACGCCAACAGCGGAGAUCAGGACAGCAUCAGCGGCUUGGGCAGCCACAGGACCAGCAUCAAUGAAAUGCACAGGGGUGGCCUACAUCACAAGGUGCUGGAGAGAGGGAAGAGGGACCGCAGAGAGAGCAAGGUGGACGGGGAUGAAGAGGAGGAGGGGGGGGGAGUGUCGGGAGAGGAGGCGCAGAGAAAAGAGGCCAUGAAGGUUUUGUGUAAUGUGGUGUACAACAGCACCUGGGCGCAGGAGAGGUUCAGUGCUCUCAGGCUCAUGUGUGGCCUCACAGAGCGUCUGUCCUCCAGUGUCAGCGGCUCGUCUCCCUCCAGUGUUCAGUUCUAUGAACUACGCCUCAUGUUCCUCAUCACUGCACUACGGCGAGAGCUCAGCACUCAGCUUCAACAGGAGGGAGGCGUGUCCAUCCUCACAGCCGCUCUAGAGGGCUGCCUGGAUGUUCAGUGGAAGGAGCAGUACGAGUGUGUGCUGGACCCAGCAGCACCACCCAUCUCACUGGAAGCCUCUCAGUGUGUCAUAGAGAUCCUCAAAAUCCUCUUCAACAUCACCUACAGCACCCACAGGCAGGAGCCAAGCGAGGAUGACGCAGCUCUUUACCGACACCUGGUGGCGAUCCUGCGUCUCUGCCUGAUGAAGAAGUGUUUGCUGGCGGACGACACUGAUGAGCUGCAGGGUCACACGGUCAACCUGCUGUCAGCGCUGCCACUCCAGUGUCUUGACGUGCUGCUGGUGGUUCCUCUGGCGCCCGGCUCGGAGCAGUGCGAGGGGGUCAACAUGGACUGUGUCCACACCCUGGUGAUGUUCAUGGAGAGACGCCUAGAGUCGGGUGAGAAGAUGAAAGAGAAGCUGACACCAAUCCUCAAUCUGCUGACAGAGAGCUGCAGAGCCCACAAAGAAACACGCCAUUACAUCAGGAAACAUAUCCUGCCUCCUCUGAGAGAUGCUUCACACAGACCAGAGGAAGGCUCCACAGUGAAGAGUCGUCUGAUCCGUCUCAUGACUAACCUGGAUACGGACCUCAAAUACUGUGCUGCUGACCUCAUCUUUGUCCUCUGCAAGGAAAAUGUGAGCCGCUUCGUCAAGUACACAGGCUACGGUAACGCAGCGGGCCUGCUGGCCACCAGGGGCCUGCUGGGCGGCCAGGGGCCCAGGCCCAUCACCACUGACGUCCAGUACUCCAGCGACUCCGACUCGGACACUGAGGAGUACCGCCAGGUCAAAGAUCGCAUCAACCCGGUGACCGGGCGGGUGGAGGUGGAGGUGCCGGACCCCAUGGAGGGCAUGACGGAGGAUGAGAAGGAGGAGGAGGCCAGGAGGCUCAUCAUGCUCUUCAACAAGCUCUCCAGAGACAGCAUCAUCCAGCCGAUGGGAGUGGAUUCAGAGGGGAAGCUGGUCUCAAUAUCAGGUCUGAUGGAAAAUGCCCUAACUGAUGAGAGAAAGUCUGACUCAGACAAUGACGGAGAAGCCGAGGAUGGAGAGAAGAACUGAAAGAUGUCUAAUCAAGUUAAUAUCAAUGAAUGGAUUUUAUUUAGUGGAAUUCUUAAAGUUUGACAGUGCAUACAUAAUAAGUGUUGUAAAUGUAUGAACAGCAUGAAAACAAAGUGACGUAGCUCUCAGCCAGACCCAGCCAAAAGAAAUGAACUUUAAGAAAGGAUAUUAAAAGUUCAGUUUUAUUAUUAUUUAUUAUUAUUUUUUGAUUCAGACUAAUAAUAUAGAGCAGGAAUAGGGUUUGAGUUGAUAAUAGAUCCUGAAAAAAGGAACUGAAUUCAUGAUAAGAACAUAAUAAUAUUGUCCAAUAUUUUAAUAAAGUCUUGAAAGCAUAA